GUGACGUCGCAAACAACCAGGAAGAGAGUUACAGAAAGUGAACAACGUUUUGUCAACGUGAGUUGUGUGAGCUUUCUCUACUCAUCUGUUUAGUCCAACAAAGUUCCCACCGGUCGGGACAUAAUCACAGGUUCAUCACCACACGGACGAGACUACAGCACAAGGGCUGUGCUCAUGGCUCUGAAUAAGUCCAUGCAUCCCCGGAACCGCUACAAAGACAAACCUCCGGACUUCGCUUACCUGGCCUCCAAAUAUCCAGACUUCCAGCAGCACGUGCACACCAGUCUCGCGGGACGACCUGUUGUGAAUUUCAAAGAGCCGGAGGCGGUGCGAGCGCUGACCUGCACCCUUCUGAAGGAGGACUUCGGUUUGACCAUCGAGAUCCCUCUGGAGCGCCUAAUACCCACCGUCCCGCUCCGCCUCAACUACAUCCACUGGGUGGAGGACCUCAUCGACGGCCAGAAGCAGCCACGCAGGGGAAUCGACAUCGGUACUGGUGCGUCUUGUAUCUACCCCUUACUGGGAGCCACAAUGAACGGCUGGUACUUUCUGGCCACAGAGGUGGACGACAUCUGUUUUGACUACGCUACGAAAAACGUGGAGCAGAACAACAUGUCUGACCUCAUUAAAGUUGUCAAAGUCCCUCAGAAGACUCUACUGAUGGACGCCUUGAAAGAAGAGACAGAAAUAGUGUACGACUUCUGCAUGUGCAACCCUCCUUUCUUUGCCAAUCAGCUUGAAGCAAAGGGGGUAAACUCCAGGAACUCACGGCGACCUCCUCCCAGUUCAGUUAACACAGGCGGGGUGACGGAGAUCAUGGCGGAGGGUGGGGAACUUGAGUUUGUGAAGAGGAUCAUUCAUGACAGCCUGCAGCUCAAGAAACGCUUGCGGUGGUACAGCUGCAUGUUGGGGAAGAAAUGCAGCUUGGCACCUUUGAAAGAGGAGCUGAGGAAGCAAGGAGUACCUAAAGUUACACACACAGAGUUCUGCCAGGGACGGACGAUGCGAUGGGCGCUGGCUUGGAGUUUCUAUGAUGAUGUGAUUGUUCCGUCUCCUCCGAGUAAGAAGCGUAAACUGGAGAAGGUGAAGAAGCCGCUGUCGUUCACGCUUCCAGAGGCGGGACUGAGGGAGCUGCAGGUCAAAGCCUCGGCUUUAGGCAGAACCGCCCGCGGUCCGGUGGACAGCGUCACCGCUCUGCUGGAGAAAACACUCACUGACCUGCGGGUGCUAUACAAGCGUGUCCCAUGUGGAAAGCAGGAGCAGAGCCUCUUUCUCACAGCUGUGGAGAACACCUGGAUCCACGGACGACAGAAGCGGCGAGAAGGGUCGCGUCAGCUGCGAGAGCUUCCCAGGGCGCCUCACCGUGCUGGAACCAGCUCUCAAACCAGCUCUCAUACCACUCUGGCCCCAGCUGCUGCAGCCACAACCCCAGCAUCUCAAACCCAGUCUGCCUCCACACAAAACAGCAACAGCCAGGAUGAUGGCGUUCCAAACAAAACUACGUCUGCACAGGAGCCAGCUGGUCAGCAGGAGCCAGCGGAGCAGAUGGAAAAUGGCGCCUCUUCAAAUGAGACAAGGAAAGAUGUAACACGUGACCUAACGGCAGAACAGGAGGAGGUAUUAGAGAAUGUACCAGGUGAAGAUGUGGACAUGAUGUCUUCUACCUGCACAGACGCAAGGCAGGAAACCGUCCCACAGGAAACACCUGCUGCAGCGGGUGAACCCCCCUCUAAGCGACCCCUGAGCCCGGCUGCAGUCGACCACUUCCUGUUUAAGUGUCUGCUGAACGUGAUGCCUGAGGAGAGCGAUGUGGUGAUUGAGAUGCACUGGGUCGAAGGUCAGAGUAAAGACCUGAUGAACCAGCUGUGCACGUACCUGAAGAACACCCUUUUAAGGUCUGUCGCAAAGCCCUAAAUGACCAAAAAUGUCUUCUUUAUAUUCAUUGAAUUCUUUAUUGGUCAUUGACUUCUGGAGAUAUAUUCCAGUUGAUAAUCAGUAGUUUACACCACUGUCUUGUACUUGGUCAGUUUACCUUUUCAGGUAAUACCUACUGUAUAUUGGUGGUUUUCUUGUGCUCGAAUUUGUUGAAACAUUUGCAAUAAAUGUUUAUUUUUUUAACAUGA